UAUUGUUUGUUUUUGAGCGGUCGCGGCAUUUCUACAUCAUGUCCGUCAUGUUAUUAAUAUUUUGACGCUUUGUCCACGUGCUUUGCUAAAGUAGUUGUUGUUUUAUGCAGAGUUUAUUAAGACGUUAUUAGGGGAUUUGUGUAUUCCUGAAUAGCUUUAAGGUUUCAUUUAUAAAUGCAAUCGAGGUGACCGAAGCAGCUUAGCUGUAGCUAGCUAACAUUGUUAGCAAUCAGCUAGCUAACAUAACCAGAAAGAUAAAAAAAUAACAAGAUGCCGGACAUCAAAGUGACUCCUUUGGGUGCUGGACAGGAUGUUGGGCGCAGUUGCAUUCUGCUCUCUAUAGGAGGCAAGAACAUUAUGCUGGACUGUGGGAUGCAUAUGGGAUUUAAUGAUGAUAGACGUUUUCCAGACUUCUCUUACAUCACUCAGAACGGCCGCCUUACAGACUUUUUGGACUGUGUUAUAAUAAGCCAUUUCCACCUGGACCACUGUGGUGCUCUUCCCUACAUGAGUGAGAUGGUGGGGUACGAGGGCCCGAUCUACAUGACCCACCCCACCAAAGCCAUCUGCCCCAUCCUGCUGGAGGACUUUCGCAAGAUCACCGUGGACAAAAAGGGCGAGACCAACUUCUUCACCUCACAGAUGAUCAAAGAUUGCAUGAAGAAAGUGGUGCCGCUAAACCUGCACCAGACCGUUCAGGUGGACGAUGAACUGGAGAUCAAAGCCUACUACGCAGGACACGUCCUCGGGGCAGCGAUGGUCCAAAUUAAAGUCGGCUCAGAGUCGGUCGUCUACACGGGCGAUUACAACAUGACACCAGACAGACACUUAGGAGCGGCCUGGAUCGACAAAUGUCGUCCAGAUAUUCUGAUCAGCGAGUCGACCUACGCCACAACGAUCCGCGACUCGAAGCGCUGCAGAGAGCGAGACUUCUUAAAGAAAGUCCACGAGACCAUCGAGAGAGGAGGAAAGGUCCUCAUUCCGGUGUUUGCUUUGGGACGAGCUCAGGAGCUCUGCAUCCUUCUGGAAACGUUCUGGGAGAGAAUGAACCUUAAAGCACCCAUAUACUUCUCUACGGGUCUGACGGAGAAAGCAAACCACUACUACAAACUCUUCAUCACGUGGACCAAUCAGAAGAUCCGCAAAACCUUCGUGCAGAGGAACAUGUUCGAGUUCAAACACAUCAAAGCCUUCGAUCGCUCCUACGCAGACAAUCCCGGACCCAUGGUGGUGUUCGCUACACCGGGGAUGUUGCACGCUGGUCAAUCUUUACAGAUAUUCAAGAAAUGGGCCGGCAAUGAAAAGAACAUGGUCAUUAUGCCAGGGUACUGCGUGCAGGGAACGGUCGGCCACAAGAUUCUCAACGGCCAGAAGAAGCUGGAGAUGGAGGGAAGAGCCACGUUGGAGGUGAAGCUGCAGGUGGAGUACAUGUCGUUCAGCGCCCACGCCGACGCUAAAGGCAUCAUGCAACUGAUCCGCAUGGCCGAACCUCGCAACAUCCUGCUGGUUCACGGCGAGGCCAAGAAGAUGGAGUUCCUCAAGGACAAGAUCGAGCAGGAGUUCAAUGUCAGCUGCUUCAUGCCAGCUAACGGGGAGACCACCACGGUGACCACCAACCCGAGCGUACCGGUGGACAUCUCACUCAACCUGCUGAAGAGGGAGAUCGCACUGGGAGGUCCUUUACCCGACCCUAAGAAGCCACGCGCCAUGCAUGGAACUCUGAUCAUGAAGGACAAUAAUCUGAGGCUGGUUUCUCCAGAGCAGGCUUUAAAGGAGUUGGGACUUUCUGAACACCAGCUGCGUUUUACAUGCCGUGUGCAUCUGCAGGACCCUCACAGUGAUGCAGACACACUCGCUCGCAUCUACAGCCAUCUCAAGAGCUUGCUCCGAGGCUACGCCGUGCAGCACCUCCCCGACGGCACCGUUAUCGUCGAGUCCAUCGUCCUCAAAGUGUCUUCGUCCGGCGACGACCCAAAUCUAAAAGUUAUCCUGCUUUCCUGGAGCUACCAGAACUGACCUGAAAAAAGGAAGUGGAUUAAAUGGUACAAUCAGGGGACUUCAGACGUUGAGGAUAUGAAAGAGACGCCUAUGAAGGCAAGCCGAGAGCAGACAGGUUAUUAGGGAAUAUUUACCACGUGCUCAGAAAAGGAGAUGCGAAUAUUUGUUCCGCUUUACACCCACCAGACACUUUAUUAGGGACGCUGCUAAUAACAACUGCUCGUUGGUCCGGCCGGGCAGCAGAACAGCACAUCAAAUCCUGUAGAUGGAGAUUAACAGAAGGUUAACAGAGAAAAUGUGAUCUCCGUGACAUUGUGACAAAUUUGAGUAAUUCGGAAACCUCUGGCUUCCUGAGAUUUUUCACACCUCAGUUUACACCCAACGCUGUGGAAAAAAGCAUAACCUUUUACAUUUCUUGUGUGGGAAAUGAGAGAUGACGAAGGCAGAUUGUCAAUUUUUUCUCAAGUAGCAAAUUGAUUCAUUUUUGGUUAAAAACAAAAUAACUUGUUUUAUUUGUUGCACAACACACAUAUAAAAUAUCCGCAUUCAUCUAUACAUACAGAUGUAGAAAUGAGGGAAAUGAACAUCUGCCAAAUUAGUGUGAGCGUGCAUGUGUGAGCGCGCGUGUGUGAGAGAGUGAGUGCGCGUGUGUGUGAGAGUG